UUGUUUUAAAUUGUUUUGUUAUUGUAGAAUAUAGUACUUCACAUCCUGAUUCUCUGUCAGACUUGGACCAGAGCAAUUUUGUUUGAUUCCUUGAUGGGCUACUGUCAGUCUUUUUAAGACUAAAGGAGUGAAAGUGAGAGAAAUGAUGAAGCCGAGGGAACUUGUACUUCCGCCUCCAUAAAUAAGUUCUAGAGACGUGUUGCGUAAUCAUCAGAAUCCUAGAAGACUUCUACACUUUGCUCAAUUUACUGGCUUGAAAGUGAAAGCUGUCAAUUCUGCGAUCAAUGUCACAAGGAUCUGAGUAGCUUCAGUUAUCGAAGUGGACAAGAAGGCACACUUGAGUAAUCUUUCUUUCCACAUGACAACAGUGUAGAUGUGGUUGAAGAUAUCAACAGGGUAGCUUUGAUCAGUUCACAGAAGGAAAGUGUAUGGCUACCGAGGAAACAAAGACGCCGGGAUUGCUUGCGACAAGUGGAGGAGAAGCUGAGAAUGCACACAGGAGACAUCAUCGACCUAAGGACCUCUGUGGUGACUGAACUGCAGCUUUCAGACAUAAGUGAUGACGUAGGUACUUGCUGGCGUGAGCUGGGACCAAAGCUUGAUAUUCCUUCAGCAAAGAUCCAAAACCUGGAUAACGAUUAUUAUUGUAGUCGCGACAAAGCAAACGCCUUACUUCUCAUGUGGAAACAGAAGGAAGGGAGCGGUGCAGUGGCAGGGCGUCUAGCGGAUGCUUUAGCAAGCAUUGAGAAAAAAUGCAUAGCAGAAAAGCUUCUUGGAGUGGAUCAUGGAAAAUUGCCGAUGUGUAGAAACAUUCCAAAGGGUCACGUUAUCAGUUUAACAGUUAUUCAUGACCUGGGUGUGGGGCUUGAUAAGAGUUUGGUGUGCGAAGAUGCGCAAGGAAAUAAAUUCAUGGUAAAGGCAUUCAAUAGCAGUGAAAAUUUUUUAAAAUUGGAAGAGCAGACACUUGUGAGUAGGAGGUUCUUAGAGACUGUUGUUGACGAAAAGAAGGAAAGCCUAAAGCGAUAUAUUUCAGCACAACUUCAGGACCAGAGGCUCCAAAUGAAGAAAGAGCAACCAGCUCGUGGAGAUGUAAAUAUGAGGAAGAAGAGGAUUCAACAAAUGAUGAAAGCGUGGAGCAAUCGCUUCUGUCAUAAACCCAGACAUUUUCCAGAAAGCGACCCACCAAAAGGGAUUGGAUCGAAGAAUCCCUUGUUGAGGCUGAGAUCGGGAGAUAAAGAAGCUUGCGUCCUCCUGUCAAUCUCAAAACCCUCCAGCGAUGAAGAAUAUCAAAGCAAAGAUUCGGGAGCAGGAAAAAAACACAGAAGAACUCAUUAUUGUUUACAAAAAAAAAAUUGAUUAGCAUAACCUCUUUUAUAAGAUGCCCUCUGCGAAAGGCAAAUUUAAGCAGACGAAUUUGCCUUUCUGGCUUUAGUUGUAUUUGGCAAGUGUAAUAUAAACGAAAAUUCGUGAGCACACGAAAAACCAUUUAACCGAUCAGCUUUCAGUAUUUUCUUUGGAUAAUAGGAGUGUUCGAGGAUUCACGAUACCUCGAGAUAGAACUCUUGUCUAAUUUGAUGGUGAAGUGCUAUUUCUCGAUUAUCCAAUGCAAUUUCAUUUUGAGACAUUACAAGUGUCUCCAAUUAGCUCUAUUAGCGAAAAAGAAGAGGCAGAAUGCAAAAUUUCGCCAUAUUUGCUCCUUAAUAUAACUGUAGCCAGUUUGAAUGUAAGACGUAAUAGCGAACAUGAAUGGAUAUCGCACUUAUACAAAAAGGGAAAUUUGGAUGGUGAUUAGCGGACUGUGAUUAGUUAUAAUUUGACGGAAUAUCUCAGUGUAAGGGGGCCUUUUUCGGUGAGAAUCUUGAUCGCUUGUUAUUUUCAGAGUGGGAUCUGUUUCAACCCAGAUCAUGUCUUAAAGGCAUACAACUCUCUUGA